CCAAUGGGUAACUGCUCCCAAAAGCAGAGCGGCUCGGCCGUCGGCUCCACGGGCACCAGCUUCUUCUCCAAUUUAUUCCACAAAGCACACAUCGACCCGCAUGCGCUGGCGCAGACGUGUCCACCGCCGCACGGCGGAGAAAUGCCGCUUGGCGAGUGUGCAGUACUUCGAGACCGUCCCGCAAUGCGAUUUGACAGUCGUUUAGUGUGUAAGUACGAAGUAUUGGCAGUCGUCGGAAAAGGAAGCUUCUCACAAGUUCUACGUGUCCAGCAUCGUGUCACACGAAAGUAUUUCGCUGUGAAGGUUGUUAAUGGGGAUUGUGGAGCCGUGAAUAAUGAGCUCAACAUUUUGAGUCGACUUUCACAUCCAUUUGUCAUUAGGCUUGAAGAGGUUUUCAAAUCCUCCUCCAAAUUAUUCAUUGUAAUGCAAAUGGCAAGUGGUGGUGAAAUGUAUGACCGUGUCGUCGCAAAAGGACGAUAUUCGGAGGAAGAAGCACGGAAUGCACUGAAAAUGUUGCUGACCGGUUUGACAUAUCUUCAUUCGAUUCGGGUUACACAUAGAGACCUGAAACCCGAAAACCUGCUCUACGCAGACUCACGGCCCGAAGCACGUCUCCUUAUCACAGAUUUCGGUCUAGCAUAUCAGGCCACCAAACCGAAUGAGACAAUGACAGAAACCUGCGGAACACCAGAGUAUAUUGCUCCAGAGCUUCUGUUAAGAGUACCCUAUACUCAGAAGGUGGAUAUGUGGGCGGUGGGUGUAAUUGCCUAUAUCCUAAUGUCCGGAAUUAUGCCGUUCGAUGAUGAUUGUCGAAGUCGCCUCUACACACAUAUUAUUACGGCGAACUAUGUAUAUUAUCCACAGUUCUGGUCGGGAUCCGAGUUGGCCAAACAGUUCGUCGACUCCCUCCUCGAAACCAAUUCAGUGGAGCGCCUCAGCUCAUCGGCGGCCAUGAAACACGAGUGGCUCACCGGAGAGCGGCCCUCGACGACGCAGAGCAGGCCGCCGACCAGGCCUACGUCAGAGUAUAAUAGCAUGCAAAGGACCAAAUCUACUCGUUCAAUACGAUCGGUCACACGAUCCGAUCACGGACAUCGCGUGGAUCCACGUGAAGUUGACGAGCUGGCAAAUGACUUGAAACGGGUCGCGCAGACGACUAAAAAUUACGGUGUUUUUUGAAUUCCUGUCAAUUAUCUUAUUUUCUGGUGUAAAUACACAGCAAACGCGCUCCAGUGCGAAAUUCGAAUUGGAGCGCGUUUGCACACACACACACACACACACACAUCAAAGAGCUUCAUGACCUCCUUUUUUCGCGAAAAUUGUACUUAUUUUCGGCAUUCUCAGGCUUUUUUUCCCCCAGCAUUUUUCUCUUCCUCCACACAAGAGAAUGUUUUGCAGUCACGUGUAUUUCAAGUUUCCCGCUCAAUUCUCCUCGUUCUCAGUGGAGCGAGGUUGCAUUUUUCUUGUUUUUUUUUCAGUUGUAUUGUUAUACGAACCAGUUGUCUAGUCAUUUUUAUAUGAUUUUUAUUGCUCAAAAUUGUAACUUUUAUGGUUAUUUAAUGUGAAUUCUCGCGUAUCGAUUUGCCCAAUGAAAUCUAC